AUGCUGCUCAUCAAAGAGCUGGUUGCCGCUUGUCCGAAUGCCGAUCUUCUUGGGAGUCGUGUCGUGGAAACAUAUCUACACGUUCAACUCGGAACCAAUGCGUUCGAUUGCGCGCGUCACGACGAAGCCGCUGAUCACUUUACUACUGCUGUCAACACCAGCACUCUUUCAUCAAAGUUCAUUCAUCAAAUAUACGAGGACUUGACCGUGCUCUUUGGCUGGGAUCUCGAGUCCUUGGUGCUAACUACACACCAGAAACGGUGUCAGGCUUUCCUUUCGGCAGGUAAAUACGAUGAAGCCCUCGAAGCACACAAAUGCAUGAUGGACGCCAUUGACGAAAAGUUCAAGGAGCAAUGUAGUGCACUUGCUGCGCACGAUGACCGUAUUCUUGGUGCAGAGAUCCCUGGACAAGAGCAAAGUGGCUUUGAUGCAGAACACAAUUUCUUCCACGGAAUGCAUCAAUAUUCUCAAAAUUUCCUGCCACGACCUCAACAGCGCCCUAGGCGCCUCAAGAGACUCAGGCUCGCUAUAACGAGAACACCUCAUUCAGCUCCUCCACCUGUAUCACCUACUAUUGCGCCACCAGUCGCCGCUGCUGCUGCCUUGAAAACUCACCUACGACACCUAUUCACUCGGCCACCCCACCAUGCAAUACCGCCCGUCGUCGAAGUUCCUUUCGCGAAGGGCAAAGAGCGUAAUGCUGCUGCAGAUGCUCCUGGCAAGGACCCGAACAUCGUACCUUAUGAAGAUCAAGAUGUCGAUACUACUCAACCGGACCCUAAUAUACAACAGCAACAGCAAGUAAUAGCAGUACAUAUAGACCCUGGUGAACAUGGGGGCGGAAAGUCGUGUGUCUGCUGCUAGCGGGUUUUGUGAGUGUCCCUCGGAUGCUUCAGUUUUACUAUUUGUCGUAUUGCAACAUGUCUAUGGACAGCACUUAUUUUAUCAAUAGGUAAUUCGCGUCAUCGUCCGUAGCUAAUUAUAAUGAUCAAACUCGUGUGCUCCCUAUAUACAGCUUGAU